AGCAAUCCCUGGACCUGGUCCACCGCCCCCUUGAAGAUCGACCAAAGCCGCAUCGUUCCCUUCUUCGACCCUUCCUCCAUGACCCCAGCACUAAUGCAGCAACACCCCACCCACUACUAUGUCAAGCAGCCCAACUACCUCUCCCACGGCACGGCGCUCUUCCGCGGCUUCGCCCCCGUGCUAACCCUCUCCCGCGAAAUCGCCACCUGCGAGCUGCUCCGCGCGUACCCGCAUCCAAACAUCUGCUUCUACCACGGCGUGCAGCUGGACAGGUACAGCCGCAUCUCCGGCCUAGUCUUCGACCGCUACGACACGAACCUGCACGAGUACGUGCGGCAGGGGCACCGCUUCGACGCGGCCGCGUGUCUCGCGGACAUCGAGCACGGCAUCGACCACAUGCACCGCCUGGGCCUCGUGCACUGCGACGUCAAGCCGUCCAAUAUCUUCGUCGACGUCGCGAACCAGCGCUUCGUGCUCGGCGACUUCGACUCCACGCACCGCCGCGGCCAGCACAUCGAUAUGAAGUGGGGCACGCCGGGGUGGUCGGACGAGCGGUUCGUGGAGGCGCAGCGCGAGGUGGACUUUUAUGGGCUGGGUAUGGUGAGGUAUUGGCUGCAGAAUAAGGGGUGGGGGGUGCCGGAGCCCGGGGAGAGCUAUGUGCGGACGAAGGAGUUGUUUGAUGGGGCGGAG